GAACGUACCGUGCCGAAUAGUGAAUCGAGUCGACGUAUUCGUCCACGGCGGCUCGCUCGUCAUCUGAGAGAGGCCUCGGAACGGGAUUCCGACGGCUCAUGUCAAUGUUCAUGUUCAUAGGCAUCGUUGUUGUUCUUGUUAUCGUCUACCGGGCGGUGUUGAAUUCGUGGCUUGAGGUGAAGAUAGCGGAGAAUGAUCGGGGCGGUCAAGAGACUGUCCGAUGUUGGUUAGGGAAAGGAAGUCCAGAUGCGGAGUUGCCGAGGACGAAAGAGAGGGUGUCGGAUUUUAAUCAGUUCGGUGGUGUGUCGAAGUUUAGGGAUUGGUUCGGGUUGGAAAACGGCGGCGAUUGCAGAGAUGCUUCCUGAUCGCGACAGCUGGGUCUGGUGUGUUCUCUGGGGAAGUCGUCGAGCUAUGUACUGAAGGUACUGAAGUGGCGGGAAAAUGUGAGCGGGGUACUGGGCAGGCAAGCGCGACAAUUA